AAGCAUAAGAGCUUCGCCUCUAAGUUGUCGUAUGCGUAUAUUGUUGUAAGAAGAUUAGACGAAAUGUCUGGUAGAGGAAAGGGCGGUAAAGGACUCGGAAAAGGAGGCGCUAAGCGUCACCGGAAGGUUCUUCGUGAUAAUAUCCAGGGAAUCACUAAACCCGCUAUUCGUCGUCUUGCUCGUCGCGGCGGCGUCAAGCGUAUUUCCGGGUUGAUUUACGAGGAGACGCGCGGUGUGUUGAAGGUGUUUCUGGAGAACGUUAUUCGCGAUGCUGUGACCUACACUGAACACGCUAAAAGAAAGACCGUCACCGCUAUGGAUGUUGUUUAUGCUCUGAAACGACAGGGACGCACUCUGUAUGGAUUCGGAGGUUAAGACCAGCGAAGUCCGCGCCCAAGAAGGGCGUCACUAAGAGCGCCGGUAAAGGAGGAAAGAAACGCAAGAGGUCCAGGAAGGAGAGCUACGCGAUCAACGAGUACAAAGUGCUGAACCAGGUUCAUCCUGACACC